AUGUCAACCAUCACCUACCGCGAAGGGCUAAGCGGCCAGGAGAUUCGUCUCCUUCGUCUUCUGCCUGGCGAGUGGCUCGAAGACCUCGCUGCGGAAUUAUAUGUCGCCGACCGGGAUCAAGACUAUGUUGCGUUAUCCUACGCUUGGGGUAGCACUCGAAGGUUCAACAAGAUCAUCGUCAACCGUCAUGUCCAAUUCAUCACCUUCAACCUCGACCGGGCGCUGAGGGCCCUUCGCCGAACCACAGAAUCCAUCGUCAUCUGGGUGGAUUCCGUGUGCAUCAACCAGGAAGAUUCUGUCGAAAAGAGCCACCAAGUCGGAUUAAUGCACGACAUUUUCGGUUCCGCCACCGAGGUUAUCGCCUAUGUGGGCGAUGACUUGGAUCGCAGUCGUCAAGAUUACUCUCGCCGUUUUGCAAGACUUGGACUGGCCGAUCCGGUGCGUUUCACUGGCAAACGGACGGACUUGCCUAUUAUCGAGAGAUCGAUCAGUCUUUGGCAGAACCCGAUGUCAGGGUCGCUAACAGAACACGAGGAGAUGCUUUGCCUUUACAGUAUUAUUUCGGCGCCAUUGCAUGAGAGCUCGGCGAAUCUAGCACGGCAGUGUAUGUUUGACGCGGUAAAUCCAAUUUCGCAACGGCAUUUCCGACUAAUGUCGGAGAGAACUCGACUUUUCGCUGUUAGCGACUGGUGGAAUCGCAUGUGGAUUAUUCAGGAAGCCUGUGUUGCAAGAGAGCUCACCAUUAUGUAUGGUCGCGUUUCGAUGCCGUUCAGUAUCAUUGGACACGGUCUACACGCUGUUUUCAACCCUUUUGCCACGGAUUCCACCGAGUUUGCCACGGUGUUUUCCUUCUUGGCUGAAAAGGCCGACGCGAUCGACUUCCUACGAGUGACAUCGUACAGAUCACUACCCUUCGCAAACAACAGUCCGCUACUCUGGUUGCUAAGAAAUUUCCGGAGCAGGCGAUCAUCUGAGCCUCGCGACAAGAUAUUCGCCCUACUUCGACUUGCGCUUGACUUGGAAAAGGAAGCACUCGUGAGUAUUGAUACCGACUACAACGUUAGCGUCCACACACUCUUCGCUCGCGUGGCCUACAGAAUCAUCAAGCAAACUGGUCUUCUGUGGGUUACAACGUUUGACCUCCUUGCGAAGGCCCGGAACGAUGUGCCUUCUUGGGUCCCUGACUGGUCAUCAGACUAUGCGGUUCCCGACUGGGAUCAACACCGCGUGCGCCUCCACGGAGAGCUUUUCCAGAUGUUUAAUGCCAGUCGUGCUAGGUUCUUUCACUCUAAGCAGGACGGCUCAGAAGCUCUCUAUGUCUUACCACAGCAGCAUUUUCAACGCUUGGCUGACGAGGAUCGCGUUGCUGGUUCCGACUGGGAGCCAGUUCAUCGCCUACCCACGCAGGUAGCUCCAGAACACCCCGAAACAAAAAAGUCAUUUGUCUUGAACGUCUCCGGGGCUGCGUGUGGAGAUGUUUUAGGCAUCACCGAUUCUCUCGCAAGCGAUCUCGCUAACCUCGAGGAGAUACUCUAUCAAAUCAUCACAAUAUGCCGGCUUUUCAAGGAUGAAUGUCAGCUGCAAUAUCGCAAGCCUUUCGUGGAGAUCAUUUCGCGUAUUCUUUGCUUUUCAGCGAGAAUCCAAAGGGUCUCUGGUGGCUAUACACCACCACGUUGGCUUAGCAGCGCAGAAGAAAAACAGUUGUCUUACUGA